AUGGCUUAAUCAGCAAGCAAAGGCUCGGCCAGAAGCAGGUAAAGCCACUGCCCGCUCGCACAUUUACUCUUUCAGCUGCAAGAAGCUCUUAGCUCGGAUAUUGGAAACAACUACUGUAAUUUAACAUGGAGAACGAGGAAGAGGAAGAUGACAUUUUUACAUGGCAAGGAGGAUAUGAAGGGCUGGAAAAUGUGGAGAAGCAGGAGGAAGAAGAAGAAGAGGAGAAGCUAGAAACUGAGAGGAAGAGCAGUUUGGAUAUCCCAUUUCCAACUCGGUCACUGGCCAGUCGCAGAGCUUCACUUCCAUGCCCAGCUCAGCUGAAUGCCAUGCAUUUGAGUCAUCUGCAUGCUGCCACCAUGACCCCUAGCCCAGCUUACCUGAUCCAUCGGCUGGAGAGCGGUGAAGCGAGGCCAUGCUCUCGCUCUUGUCAUAGUGGUAAUGAUGAGGAGAGAGAGCAUGCCAAGGGCGGACCAUCUGACAGACGACCACGUGCCAUCCCCACCAUCCCUGAGGUCCACGAGCCCCUGGAGAGAAAAGCUCGAUUUAGGAGCCGAAAUGUCAUGUCGCUGAGUGAUGCUUACAGUGUGUGUUUGAUCUGCCAUGACGACCUACGCAAAGGAGGCGGAGCUAUUAGAGAGCUUCACUGUUCCCACAGCUUCCACAGUGAUUGCAUAGAGGAGUGGCUGUGGACUAAGCAGACCUGUCCUACAUGUCGAAAGCAUGUUGCCAUGCCAGAACCCCUCUACUGGACAUCUACCAGAGUAAAAGUGCCCUGAGCUCUUCAAGCAGCCAUUGAAACCAUCAGCUUUAAAUGGGAUGUAUAGCAGAGACCUUCUGUCUCCUAAAAAGUGGAUAUGAGUUGGCCAAAGGACAAUGGAUUUAAAAGGAACAGCUAUCGUUCACAUUACUGUUGCAUUCUAACAUUAUUUCUCUAACAUGGAAGAAAGAGCCAUUUUCAGAGACUCUGAGUUUUAGAUAUUUUAUAUCUGUGGUGCUUCAAAUAUAGGUAGUCAAAAUGUGCUUUAAAAGGUUUACGAACAUCUCCAAAGAGAUUAAACAUCAAAUUCGGCAGAUUUUUACCAUAAUUGCAUGAAAAGCCGAUUUGUAUUUUUCAUUGCAUUUUAAUAUUAAGAAAAGGAAUGUCUCUUUUUCUACCUUGUACAUCAUUUUAGGACAAAAUUUUACAAG